AUGCCAAAUUCUUUUUCGGAUAUUAACUCUGAACAUAUUCUUCACGAAAUUGAAUCAAUCAUAACAAAAGAUGUUGAAAAAAAAUCUUGCGAAGAUUUAGGCCCUUUAGGUAUUGGUGCAGAAAAAGAAUUAAUUACUUUAAAAUACCUUUUUAUGGCGCGUAAGGCUAUUACCUCAUAUAAUUUUAAAGAUUCAUCAAUUUUUCUUUAUACCGCAAAAACUUCACUUUCUUCUUGGAGAGAGGUUUGUUCAAAUCAAACUUACCCUGAGAAAUCAAAUAAAAAUGAAGAACCUGUCGGUCCAUUCGUUGCAAUUCAAAAUUUCUUUACUGGUCAAGAAAGACAAGCGAAAAAUGUCAAACGUGCCAAUGCAUCACCUAACAACAUGCAAUGGCUUGACAAGUUUUUAACUAAUCUCACUGCCAAAAUGACAUUAUAUUUCAUGAAUAUUCUUUUAGAAAGAGAGAAAAAGAUUGGUGGUGAUUCUAAAACAUUAUGGAGAAAAUUUUCAGAUGAUUAUAAUUACCAUGGGCUAAUACGAAAUUUUCGAGGUCGAUCAAGUGCACAUAGUAUAGCUUUGAUAUAUGAGAUUAGUGAGAAUGUACCAUUUUGUCAAGAUGGGUAUUCUUGCGAGCAAUCAAAAGAACAUUUACAAAAUACAAUAUCAUUACUUCAAGAAAAGAAUGAAAAGAAUCAGACACCAUUUACAAGAAGUUUUCCAAUACAUUCUUUUGACAAGAAUACAGGCUGUGCUUAUUAUUUCAUUCAAAUUGAUGAUCAUGUAAUGUUUGUCGUUACAUUUACUGAAAAACAUUCAGCACCUGAUAAUGGUACAUCUGAAUUUAUAAUGACAUUAGCUAACAAAUUGAGUGGAAUAGAUGUUCUGAUUAAUUUACAAAGAUUUGGUGAAUAA